UUUUUUUUCCUAUUCUGUUUUGAAGGAUUGGCAACAAAGCAUUGCAGAAUGAAACAGAGAUGUUUGAUAAAUACCUCAAGCGUGUGGAGCCCAACAUGGCUGCCAUGGCUACUGUGGCCCCUACCCCAAGUCAGUCAACACACGAUACAAGGGUGAUGCGUAAGCGCAGCAAGUCCAAGGGAAGUGGCAUAGAUAAACACCUUAAACUUGCCUCCGAACAGAAGUGUGAUAUAGCUCAGAGAGAAAUUGAAGAACUCCGUGAGGAGAUUGAGAAGUUGAAAGAAGAGUCAGAAAAGGUUCUUGAUAAUUACAAGGCUGUAAUGGAGGAAGCAGAUACGAGGUGCGCUGAGCUGAAGAAAUCUCGCUACGAGUUUGAGCGUGAUAUCUUAAAGGGCUCUGUCAAUGACAGAACCAAGAAAGUUGUUGCAGAGAAGGUCAUCCGCUACUAUGAGGACAAGCAACGGUCUAGAGAUGCUCUCAUUGAAAAGCUAAGACUAAAGAAUUCCACAUUGAAAGUCCAGAAGAAGAAACUGCAUCUCCAAUUGAAGCAGAAAGAAGAGAUGGGAGAGGUGCUUCAUGAAGUAGACUUUCAGCAGUUGAAGAUUGAGAACAGUCAAUACCUGGAGAAGAUUGAUGAGAGAAACCAAGAUCUUCUUAGACUCAAACUCAUGGCUGGAAACACGUUGCAAGUCCUCAACUCCUACAAGAAAAAACUCCAGACCCUCACGAUGGAAUCGGACAGAUUAGGAAAUGAAAUCGCAUCCAGAAAUGAACUACUUUCAAGAAUUGAUGCUGAAACAGAAACUGUAGAGGAGGAGAGGUCCUCAGCGGAAGAGUUGAACAGAAGGCUUCGACAUCAGCUUGAGGAUUACAAGGUUCCUGAGGUGGUAGAGUAUGUCCAGGAGAAAGCUGAUCUCUAUGAGCUUCAGAAGACGGUCAAGAGCUGGGAGAGGAAAGUCGAGAUUGCAGAAAUGGCCUUGAAGACGCAUCGAAAGACGUGGCAACAGAUGAGAAUGUCCAGUGAACACCAGCAGUGGGGUGUCAUUGCAUAAAUCUGUUCCAAUUCCCUAACCUAUGAACUAUUGUUAGAAUAAUGACAUGCCCCUGUAUGCUUUUAAACUGGUAGGAUCAGAGGAAUUAAUACCUGGUUCUUGGCUUCGCUUUUCCUAUUCAAGGUGUGACAGUUGACGCAAAUUGGGAACUGGGGAGUGUUUCAUAAAGCAAGUACUCGGUGAUUUUCACUGACUAAAUUUUUCUGAGCCAAUCAGAUGAAAGGAUUUCAGGAAAAAAUAAAAAAUUAGUCAGUGAUGAUAACUAUUUGCUUCAUGAAAUGCUCACCUGGGGCCCGUAACACAAGGUUAGCAAUGAUCGUAGAACAUUUUUCUACGAUUGAUUGCAUUGACUACAAUGUACAAUCAAUCGUGAAAAUUAAUCGCUAACCUUUGUGUUACGGGACCCUGGACUUGAUACUUAUUGCAGCAUGAAUUGUACCUGUACCACAAGUUUAUAUCCUUCAUUGGGGACAAGAACAAUAAUGUGAAAAUAUGUAUAGUAUAUAUAAUAGAUUUAUAUUGUUCAUCAUUGUAGGCUAGGGGCCGAGGGUAUUCUAAACAUUGUCUUUUCUCAGAGAUAUGACAGAAUCUGUAUUCAGGUGGAUGUCAUAACUUUUGUCAUUAAAACUGUCUUGAAUUUUACAUCUUCUCUUUAUCACGCUAAAAAAAUACACAGUUCAUGAAUGCGCAUAAUCCCAAUAUACAAGCAAAAGAUAUGACAACAUUUAUGACAAAGCCUAGUAGUCAUUAAUUUUGUGAUUUCGUUUGGUACCAUAAUAUCCCGAUAACCUGCCGACUAAAUAUUUAGGUUGGAUUGUUGUUUUAGUUCCACUCGUCAUCCAUGACUAUUUUCAAAAAUGUUUUUUCAUGUUACAAGUAGUUGGGCCCUACAUAUUAAUUCCUCCUUUUUUAUGUUUUCCUCUUUUUAAAAAAUCUCUCUUCUAAUAAUCCUUCACAGCUCCCUGUUUUUAUUUGUAAUUAAGCGUGUCAAUAUACGCGCAGUCACGCGAUGCCAGCUAUAUAUCAAGGAUGUGCCACCGGGCCUUCCUGUUGGUUAGAAGGGCUCCCACUCGGAACUAACAGUGAUUUUGAUUGGUUUGCUUCCGAAAAGAUGGGCGGGAAUAUGGGAGAAAAAUGACAGAGGAAGGACAAUGUUCAGAAUACCGAUUUGUGACAAUCAUAGCGGUGUCACAUCUCAGGAGAGAAAUUACAAAAUUUAUGACAUGGUUCCAGAAUACCACCCCAGAUCUAGAACUGCAAAAACAUGUACAUGUGUAUAAAGAGUUUCCAUUGUUUUUUAUACAAUGAUCUGGAUUCAUAAACAGUGGAUUUUGAUAUGUGCAUGAAUUCCCUCAGUAUCUAUCAGUGACUAUGAAAACAGAAACAAUAAUACUUUUCUGUGCAUUACAGCAAGGCAACCAGGUUGUCAUUCCAGUAUUAAAGAUGGAAGGGAAACAUCUUCAAUUUCCAAUAGCUUUCAUUAUCUCGAUUGAUCGAGCUGUACUGACCAACUUUGGCAAAAGGAAGCAAGUGACACAUCAGUCAAAUUUGAGUUAUUGUUGUUUCUGAAACACCCUUUGUAUGUUGCACGUUCAGGCAAAAUAUGGGGAAGAAAUUAUCGUUCUAUGGAAAAAUAUUGAAGAAAACAUGCUGUUAAAUUGCAUUGACGCCUAUGUAAAUGACUAAUACACAUUGCUCAUUUACACCAAAUGAUACUUUUGUAACUUGCUUAAUUUUGCCAAAGUACGGCAGCAUAGCCAUGAUGUUUUCCCUCUCUGUAAACUUUAUUCAUUGUAUAUUCAUUUGAAGUAGAGAGCAGAAAUUCACUGUGAUGAAAACAAAUGUAGAAAGAAGCACAGAAGUAUGAAAUGUUUUUGUUAUUCAAUGAAAGACACACGUAAGGUUUAUAUUGUGUAUUAUGAAUGUGAUGAUCAGCAAUGAAAAGAAGCUUGCAGCACUCCUGUGUGAAAGGUGCAGGUCUGACUUUCAUGAAAAUGCCUUUAGCAUUCAUCUGAAAGAGAAAAGUACUACUCCAUAUUAUUGAAAUAACGACCACGUCUGUGAUGUUCCUAACAUAUAAUAAAUGAUGGUGAACCAGCAAUAUAACAAUAAUUCAGAAAUAAUAAAAUGCAUAUGCAUUUAUGAUGCUCAUAAUAUCUGCUAAUUGCAUUUUAAUUCUCUUAUUUUUUUCAUUCAUGAUACAAGUACAUCCCUGCUAUACAUGUAUUGCAACAUAUUUUCGAUGAUUGUAGAUUCUGAUGCAACUUCAAUUUACAUUUUAUGAAAAUAUUUAUAUUUUGGGGAAAGUAAGCAUUUGGAAUUAGACUUGUCCAUUACUUCGUGCAUCGACUCACAUGUUGAAAGAGUCAUAAAAUACUCCGUCCAAAAUCAAUCUUCUGAAAGGUCAAGUCCUCCUCAACUAGAAAUUGAUUUUAAAAAAAGGAAAAAAAAAACAAGCAAGUAUAAUGCUGGAAAUUUCAUCAGAAUUUUUUAUGAAGAAUUGGGUGUCGAAAUAAGGAUAUAACCUUUCAAAGUUUCGCUUAUUUUCUCAAAGUAGUUGAUGUGCACAACACGUGUGAAAUUUUGAACAUUAUGCUUGUUUUUAUCCUUCUCUACUACAAUUUUUAGUGUUUUUGUUUACUUCUUGGGUUGGACUUGACUUUUAAAGAGAAAGAUCACCUUGAUUAGAUCAUCAUUUCCAACAUAUUGUGAGUAAAUGUUUAUUUUGAAGAAGAAAAAUUGUUGCAAAACCAGUAUUUAUAUAUAUUAUAUAUAAAAUAAUGUUCUAUGAAUUAUUGAUCAUUUGUGGCAUUUUGAUAAUGUGCCUACACUACAGAUGAGAACAUGUGUAUAUAAAUUAUAAAUGAAAAUAUGCAUUACCUCCUUUGUUUAUACUAUUCAAUGUAUGUUUCGCCUUAUUUUAGAUUUAAAUUUCAAGUUAUUUCCACUCAUAGAGAUAACAUAAAACAUAGAUAAAAAGCAACUAAGUAUUAUUUAGAUAUUUCAGAUUUAAAAAUCUUUAUAUUAUUGUUUCUUACUCGAUAUACUGUUUACUGAAAAUAAAAUAUUUGUUAACUGACAAGAGAAA